CUCCAACUCGGCUCAGUUGUCUGGCAGACUUCGAAAAGGCGAGAACUACUACUUUCCAUUUCCCGAGAAAGCAGGACAAAUAAACCAAGUUUUUCGUGCUUCAGAAUUAAACUGAUCAAUCAAUAUUUUACCAUGAAAGAGAAACUCUUUCUUAAAGAAGUCGUAUAUUUUAACAAAAAAUAAUUGAGAGAAAGUGCAUAAAAACUAAAGUCUCACAUUUCUGAAAGAGACAGUUUGAACACAAAGUUUCCCUUGAGAAUAUGCGAAUACCGACAAACACAAGGAUGCACCGACACAGUAAAGACUCCAGAACGCCGCCUGGAUCGUCAUCCUCGCAUGGAAGCAGCAGCACUGGUGGGUGUGGAAAUAGUGGGCGAUUUUUGUCCGUACCACCCACAACGGCUUCGCCCACCUCGUCCUCCUCCGUGUCCUCGUCGUCUGGUCAUUCUUUCUCGUCGACGGGAAUUUCUCUGUUGAGAGAAGAUCUCUGCGUGGAGGAGGAGUUCGCCGUGGUGAAAUCGCUGUCGGAAGGGGGCGAAUUUUCGACGAGUAAAAUUGUGCUGGCGACGUUGAAGAAGGAUGCGACCAGAGCAAAGGCCGUGAUUAAAGCUCGACCCUGUCUCUCCACGAGUAUUGAUGAUUUCAACCGUGAAGUAGAAUUCACCUAUUUGCUCAGUCCCCACCCCAAUGUCGUGACGUGUUAUAAUGUCACCUUCCUGUGGAAUGGGUCACUCUGCUUCCUCCAAGAAUUUGCCCCGUACGGGUCACUCCUACACGUGCUAAAUAGACGGAGAAUGAUGCCGACAAAAUCGAGCCGAUUAGGCGAAACCAAAACGAAACUGGUUUGCUCUCAAGUUGCCUCCGCGCUCGAGUUCAUGCACCAACUGCAUCUCGUCCACGGACAAGUCACGCCCGAUAACAUUCUCGUCUUUAAAGGAAAUUUGAGCCAGGUCAAGUUGGCAGAUUUUAGUGCGACCCGAAUGGAAGGGUCGCUCGUAGUUGUUACGACCUCGGAGACAAAACUGUCCUCAAACAGGAGCAGUUUCAACCCGCCCGAGCUUAGCGAACUUCUCCCGCAGGAAAAAUACCACGUCGAGACGGGACUAGAUAGUUGGCAGUUGGGGAUUUUGGUGUGUUACCUCCUCCAAGGAAAGUGCCCAUGGGGCGCGGCAGAUGCCUGGGAGGAUUCCAAGUAUCGCAGCUAUGUCGGCUGGCUGAAGAAAAAAAGUCUCAAAGUUCCCGAACCUCUGAGAAACUGUACGCCCCGAUUCAUCCGACUUUUCAAGCGGUUGUGUGAACCGAAACCAUAUCAAAGAUCUGGAGUGAGAGAACUUCGCAAGUAUUUGAAGGAUGCUUGGCUUCUGAGGAAAAGUGGGCAAAUCGUCAGUCGAAGGACGAGUGACGUUUCGACCGACUCGACCACGGCGGAUCAUGCACAAGAAAACGAGGGAGACGUCAAGAUUAUAAAUUCCCUGGAAAAGUUGACACUGUCAAGUUCAUCACCACAGCCACCACCGCCGCCUCCGCUUUCACACGAACAGGUCGAUAAGGAGAGAAAUCUAAAGGAAUGGAUGCAGAAAUCUGGAGACGUAAUCUUAUCCACGUCUGUGGAAUAAGUUUAAUAAGAAAGGCUUAAGUAUAAUUAUAAUUAAGUAUUUUAAUCAAGUAAUUGCAUAUUUAUUAAAUUAUCUUGUAUGAGAAUGACUGAGAUUCUUGCAUGCCUUGAACACAACAAAAAUUAUUGUAUUUCAACAUUUCAUUCGUCUCAAAAUCUCAUUCUGCCUCAGAUUCGCAACCAACCCCAGAUACAAGCAGUCUCAAAUUAUCAUUCUGCCCCAGAACUAAUUCUCAACUCUCAGAUUCUCAACCAACCCCAGGCACAAGCAGUCUCAAAUUCUAAUUCUGCCCCUACUACAAAAACCAGUCUCAAAUUCCCCAAUAAUAAAUCUGUCUCCCCACUUGAACCAAAUAUUAGUCCCAUUUCGUCUCUCCUCCCUCAUUACUCGGAAAAUAUGGAGUCAUAAAAUCUCGAAAACACGAGAAAUCGAGAAUCUCACAAAAACAAACAAACUUUUUCUUCUGUUGUGGCUGUAACACACUCAUUUUGAGCAUAACUUUGUAGAAAAGUGUGUAAAAAGUGGACCACUUCGCAGCAGGGAUUCACAAAAUCACAACAAAAUUAUGCGAUCGUGACAGCGUACACGUUCAUAAAAUCGAAGGAUACACAACUUUUCGAUCCUUGAGCAACUUUUUUUCGCAAUUUCCUUAUCCACCAGAAAUCCCCAAAAAACUCUGUUUCGCAAACAUUUUACAUAACUCGGUCCAAUCGGAAGUGAAGGAAAUAAUGAUGAUGAGCAAAAAUAUGCAAAAUAAAUCAGUAUCGAUCCACGUUUCUGAGGAUGAAUGAUUUCUGAA